AUGUCGUCGAAUGCUCAUCCGGGCCUUGCAUACGGCGUGAACGGAGUCCGACGCGGCGGCUAUCCACCACCACAAUCCCACACCACAAACAAACCAUCGCCAUCGUCGCUGUCCCAGCACGCGUCGCCUUAUCAUUCCGUCUACUCGCAGCCUCCUCAGCAGAACGCUUAUCCUCACAGCCUCUUCACGACCCCGACGCCCACCUCGCUCCCCAACAUCCAAAAUGCCGCCCGAUCGCAGCAGCCCCAGGUUACCGCCCCUGUCGCGGUUCCUCGCCAACGAGCCCCUCCACCGCGAGCCUUUCAGCAGAAUCAGUCCAUGAACUAUCUCGCCCAGGCUAUGAACCAGCAGCCGAUGGCUCAACAGUCCAUGGCCCAGCAAUCUAUGGGACAUACAGUCCAACAAAAUGACAAUCAUAUUCUGUCGCGACAGCCUCAGGCUCAACCGCCUCCACAGCAGCAACAACAACAACCGCAACACCACCAUCAGCAGCAGCAACAGCAGCAGUUACACCAUACGCAACACCACCAAUCUCAUCAACACCAACAGCAACAUCAGCAACAUCAGCAACAGCAUCCGCAGACCCAUCAGCAUCAACAUCAGCAACAGUCACAUCAGCAACCUGCCCAGCAGCCUACUUUGCCGCAGCCCCCGGCUCAGUCUCAAAUUUCGCAGGUCCAGCAGAUUCAGCAGCCUCAGCAUGCCCAACAGAUACAGCAUGCACAAAAGCAGGUACAUCAGUCACAGCCGAUGACGGCGGUGCACUCGUCUCAGGCGCAUCACCAGCAGCAACAGCUUCACCAGCCGGUGCUGCAUCAGACACAGGCCCAUAAACCUCAAAUACUCCAGCAAACAGCUCAUCAGGCACAAGUUCACCAGCCACAAAUACGGCAACAGCAAAAUCACAAGCAGCAUGCUCAGCAGACCCCACAGCUACAACAACAUACGCAGGCUACUCAACAGCAGCAGCAGCAGCCACAGCAACAACAGCAUUCUGCCCAACAACAUGCCCAACUUCAGCAGCAGCACUCUCAACAGCACCAGCAUCAGCAGCAACAGCAGCAGCAACAACAACAACAACAGCAGCAGCAGCAGCAGCAGCAGCAGCAUCAACAACAACAACAACAACAACAACAACAACAACAACAACAGCAACAGCAGCAACAGCCACAACAACAUCACCAACAGCAGCAACAGCCACAACAACAUCACCAACAGCAGCAGCAGCAACAACAACAACAACAGCAGCCGCAGCAACAAAAGCAGCAGCCACUGCUACCUCAAGUGCAUAAAUCUCAAACACCGCAACCCCGUCAGGCUCAACUCCACCAACCCGCGGUUCAUCAGCCUACCACCCAGCAAGCGUCGGUCCAGGCCAUACCAGCUCAGGCAACCCCGCCACAGCCGUCUCCAGCUUUGAUGAAGGUUGAAACUCCAGCCCAGGCCGAGGAAGCUCAUCAAGAUGACGAGAUGGAGAUAGAUAUCACUGGCGAAGAUGACGAGGCCGACCAGUCGAAAGCGGAAGUUCCGUUUGUACCACGGGAACCUAUGGGGCCACCUAUGUCAGCACCUCCCGAGGGAGGAAGCUAUCCGACACUUGAUGCUGUGCACAAAUUUGUUCUGGCAUACUGUACUUCUGUUGGGUACGCCGUAGUUAUCGGGAGGUCCAAGAAGACCGUCCCAGGGUUGAAGAAGGUUCUUUUUGUCUGCGAUCGCGCCGGGAAGCCUCCUAAGAGGGUCAACCCGGAGCUUCGGAAGCGGAAAACCUCGUCUCGCAAGUGCGACUGUCAAUUCGGCUUUUUUGCCAUCGAGCAACGGACACAGUGGAUCGUGCGCUACCGACCGAAUGCACAACACCUCGAGCAUAACCACGGACCGAGCGAGAGCCCGAUGCUGCACCCUGCAGCAAGGAAGCUUGACAGCAAGAUGGUCGCAUCUGUUAAAGCCCUGAAAGACAAUGGUAUGGUCUCGAAAGCUCGCCGCCAAUCACAAGUCGAGGCUCAAGGUACUGAUACAGGGACAUCAGGCGUGGGCGUGAGCCAAACCUUGGAAAUACUCCAAACCGAGCACCCUCAUGUUCCACUGUUACCUCGGGAUAUUUACAACGCGCGUGCGGCUAUAAGUCGCAACCCGGACAAGGUCGCUACCGAGCUUGCCGAGAACAAGACAGCAAUCUACAAACAGCCAACGCAAUCCGCUGAUGAGCGAAUAAGGGGUGAUCUGCGUCGCGAACUCGCAAAGCUCAAGGAGGAUUACAGCAAGCUCAAAACAGACAGCGACAAGGAAAUCGAGGACCUGAAAAAGCAGGUGUCAGAGAAGGACAAGAUGAUCAAGAAGUUCGAAAUGUUUAUCGACCUAUGCAAUCAGCGUGUCAUGGUCCAGCGCGAGCUUUUGAACGACGGCAAUGAAGGGGGAAGCGCUGCUGUCAACAGUUCUGUUUGA